UAUUAUUGCGGUGGAUCUUUCGGAUCUUUCGCCGCUCUCACCUCUCCACGAAGCAAUCACUUUGCCGUUGGUUGAAAGAACCACUCACCACUACUAGUACGGUACAAUAGACACAGAUACAAUGCCCACCAAGACUCUCAAGACUGUCGUUUUCAUGGGAUCUGCCAAAACGGUGGUGCCUUUCUGGGGCGGAGAUGCUCGCCUCGGUGAUCGUGUUGUGAGCUGGGUAAAGGAAAUAUUGACCUCUCGAAGCAAGGAACUGGGAUCAGAUACCAUCAAGCACGAUUUUACUGUUGUCGACCCUGUGGAAGUGUUUGGCGACGGCGGAGCUCUAGCAGAAAUUAGCAACGGUGCCUUGUCUACUCCCACUUUCUUUUUGAAAGAACUUCCCCCAAAAGCUCAGGCACUCAAAGAGACCAUUUGUGGUGCCGACUGCUACCUUGUUGUCAGCCCAGAAUACAAUCAUGCGGUUCCUCCUGCUUUGGCAUCGGUGAUGGGCCAUUUUGGUGGAUCCUGUUAUGCUUGCAAGCCAUCUGCCAUUCUCACGUAUUCUCCGGGACCAUUCGCUGGCAUGAGAGCCGCAGUGGCCAUUUGCACCAUGUGUCAUGAGCUAGGUUGCCUCCCCGUAUCCAAACUUUGUGGUCUGCCAAAUACCGAAGGCUUGUUGGACAGUGACGGCAAACCCAAGGAGGGAUCCGAACGGCUGCUGAAACAAUUGCCAGCCAUGCUGGACCAGCUAGAGUGGAUGGCCGUUGCCAUGAAACGACAACGCGAUGAGACAGGAGUUUGCUAAUAAAAAAGAUCAAGCAAAGCGUUGACUUCCCUUUUCCAAAAGGAAAGUGCUGGCAACAGCGUUCGAAGCCUAGCUAGCUAGUUAGCUAGAUUCCAGAGUAUACAUUGGAUACAGAGAUAGUGUUAACUGUAUUAUUGUACUGUUGUUGGCCUUU